UUUAUUUGAUUAACCGAUUUAAAAUGAAUGAAGAUCAUGGUACUUCGGAGGCGGAAAAGUUGGAGACAUGGAACGUGGCAAACAUCGACCAUAAACAGCUACUGGAGGAGAAUGAGACAAUUAUGUUGACCGAUCAGGCGAACAAUGAUCACUUUGACGGACAAUCAAUUCGUCUGUUUGAUAAGUUGACAAUCGAAGAUUUAACAAACUUGAAGCAGAAAUUCAAAUCGACAAAGAGUGGUUGUUUGUCUAAGAUGGAGCUGCAUACCAUUUUUAAUGAGAUUUGUCCAAAUUUAUUUGACGAGGAAGAGUUUCAUUGCUUCUAUCUGAAGUUGAACUUCAAGCAAACCGGCAAAGCUGAUUGGGACGAAUUCCUGACGUAUUUGAUGAUGGAAUUCGAGGAGAAAGGCAAAACCACAACAAAAGUACCUGAACUCGUUGAGUUGCCAAUUGUCACUCCAGUGAAAUUCAUCAAGAGCUUCCACAGACAUCCCAUUAUACGCAUGACCUAUUGUCCUACUCUUGAUAUGGAUCGGAAGUUCAAUUACCAGAAUGGUCGCUAUCUCACAUGUAGUAAAGACGGAUUUAUAAACUAUUGGAACUUGGAUAUGGUCAACGAGAAAACUUGUAUUGCAAAAUUGC